AUGAGCGGGUCUCAAGCGCGACUCCAUCAGGCCGCAGGAGCGGGUGCAGUCAGCGGCGGCGGCGGCGGAGGUGCCGGCGGUGCCCAGGGGGAGGUCGCUGCCGAGAUGCCGGCCACCGAGAAGGACCUGGCAGAGGAUGCGCCCUGGAAGAAAAUCCAGCAGAACACCUUCACGCGCUGGUGCAACGAGCACCUGAAAUGCGUCAACAAGCGCAUCGCCAACUUGCAGGCGGAUUUGGGCGACGGGCUGCGCCUCAUUGCCCUGCUCGAAGUGCUGAGCCAGAAGAAGAUGGGACGCAAAUACAACACGCGUCCCACCUUCCGGCAGAUGCAGCUGGAGAACGUGUCGGUGGCGCUGGAGUUCCUGGAGAGAGAGAACAUCAAGCUGGUCUCUAUCGACAGUAAAGCUAUUGUGGAUGGGAACCUGAAGCUGAUUCUGGGCUUGAUUUGGACAUUGAUCCUGCAUUAUUCCAUCUCCAUGCCCAUGUGGGAUGAGGAAGAUGAUGAAGAAGUCAAGAAACAAACUCCCAAACAGCGAUUGCUAGGCUGGAUCCAAAAUAAACUGCCCCAGUUGCCCAUCACAAACUUCAGCAAGGAUUGGCAGAGUGGGCGGGCUCUUGGAGCUCUGGUUGACAGCUGUGCCCCAGGCUUGUGCCCUGACUGGGAUUCAUGGGAUGCUAGCAAACCUGUCAACAAUGCUCGUGAAGCUAUGCAACAGGCUGAUGAUUGGCUGGGCAUCCCACAGGUGAUCACUCCAGAAGAGAUUGUAGAUCCCAACGUGGAUGAGCACUCAGUGAUGACAUACCUCUCUCAGUUCCCUAAAGCCAAGCUAAAGCCAGGAGCUCCUCUCAGACCAAAGCUCAAUCCCAAGAAAGCCAGAGCUUAUGGGCCAGGUAUUGAACCCACGGGAAACAUGGUGAAGAAGAAGGCCGAGUUCACAGUAGAAACCAUCAGUGCUGGUCAGGGAGAAGUGCUGGUUUAUGUAGAGGAUCCAGCUGGCCAUCGUGAAGAAGCUAAGGUUAUCGCUAACAAUGACAAGAAUCGGACAUUCUCAGUGUGGUAUGUGCCUAAAGUGACAGGUGUCCACAAGGUGACGGUAUUGUUUGCUGGGCAGCACAUUGCCAAGAGUCCUUUUGAGGUGAAUGUGGACAAAUCCCAUGGUGAUGCCAGCAAGGUCACUGCUCAAGGCCCUGGCCUCGAACCCACUGGCAACAUAGCCAACAAGACUACCUACUUUGAAAUCUUUACUGCUGGUGCUGGGGUCGGAGAACUUGAGGUAAUCAUUCAAGAUCCCACUGGCAAGAAAGGAACAGUUGAGCAGCAACUGGAAGACAAAGGCAAUAGCACAUAUCGCUGCUCCUACAAGCCCACUUUGGAGGGCACCUACACCAUCUACAUUACCUUUGGUGGGAUUCCCAUCCCUCGCAGCCCGUACACAGUCACUGUGGGGCAAGCAUGCAACCCCAGUGCUUGCCGAGCGGUAGGUCGAGGCCUGCAACCCAAGGGGGUCCGAGUAAAAGAGACUGCAGACUUCAAGGUGUACACCAAGGGCGCUGGCAGUGGUGAACUCAAGGUCACAAUCAAAGGCCCAAAAGGAUUAGAAGAACGUGUCAAGCAGAAAGACCUGGGUGAUGGAGUAUAUAGUUUUGAAUACUACCCAACUGUACCUGGCAAUUAUACUAUCACAAUAACUUGGGGAGGGCAGCACAUCCCCCGCAGCCCGUUUGAGGUGAGAAUUGGGACAGAAUGCAUAAACCAGAAGGUGCGAGCCUGGGGGCCAGGUUUGGAAGGAGGUGUGGUGGGCAAGUCGGCAGAUUUCGUAGUAGAGGCCAUUGGGGAUGAUGUUGGCACAUUAGGCUUCUCAGUGGAGGGUCCCUCACAGGCAAAGAUUGAGUGUGAUGACAAGGGAGAUGGCUCCUGCGAUGUGCGCUACUGGCCCCAGGAGCCAGGGGAAUAUGCAGUCCAUGUGCUCUGCAACAAUGAAGACAUCAAACUCAGUCCCUUCAUGGCAGAAAUCAAGGCUGCUCCCAAGGACUUCUACCCUGAGAAGGUGAAAGCGCAGGGCCCAGGCCUAGAGAAGACUGGUGUUGCGGUCAACAAGCCUGCAGAGUUCACGGUAGAUGCAAGGAGUGGUGGAAAGGCACCUCUCAAAGUGCAAGUACAGGACUCUGAAGGAUCGCCGGUAGAUGUCUCAGUGAAGGAUAAUGGCAAUGGCACCUAUAACUGUUCCUACGUGCCCAAGAAGCCAAUGAAGCACACUGCGAUGGUGUCAUGGGGAGGAGUCAAUAUUCCCAACAGUCCUUACAGGGUAAAUGUUGGAGCUGGCAGCCAUCCCCACAAAGUGAAAGUGUAUGGUCCUGGUGUGGCAAAGACGGGCUUAAAGGCUCAUGAACCGACCUACUUUACAGUCGAUUGCACAGAAGCCGGGCAGGGUGAUGUGAGCAUUGGCAUCAAGUGUGCCCCUGGUGUGGUGGGCCCAGCUGAGGCUGACAUCAAUUUUGACAUUAUUCGGAAUGAUAAUGACACCUUCACGGUCAAGUAUACCCCCCAGGGUGCUGGAAGCUACACAAUCUUGGUGCUGUUUGCCGACCAGGCCACCCCCAGCAGCCCCAUCAGAGUCAAAGUGGAACCCUCGCAUGAUGCCAGCAAAGUCAAAGCUGAGGGACCUGGCCUCAACAGGACUGGUGUGGAGAUGGGAAAGCCAACCCACUUCACAGUUAACACCAAGCCAGCAGGCAAGGCCAAGCUGGAUGUGCAGUUCACUGGCCCAGCCAAGGGAGACGCCGUAAGAGACUCUGAAAUAAUCGAUCACCACGAUAACACCUAUACUGUCAGAUAUACCCCUGUGCAGCAGGGUAACCUUGGAGUAAAUGUAACAUACGGGGGAGACCAAAUUCCCAAAAGUCCUUUCAAUGUGGGAGUAGCUCCCACCCUGGACCUCGGCAAGAUCAAGAUCUCUGGACUUGGAGACAAAGUGGAAGUGGGCAAAGACCAGGAGUUCACUGUUAAAUCUAAAGGCGCUGGAGGCCAAGGCAAGGUGGCUGCCAAAAUCACAGGCCCAUCCAGUAAGCCUGUGCCCUGUAAAGUAGAGCCAGGCUUGAGCUCAGACAACAGUGUGGUGAAGUUCAUUCCACGAGAAGAAGGACCCUAUGAAGUGGAUGUCACCUACGAUGGAGUCCCUGUCCCAGGCAGUCCCUUCCCUGUGGAGGCAGUACCUCCCACCAAUCCAUCCAAGGUGAAGGCCUAUGGACCAGGCUUGAAGGGCGGCUUGGCUGGCAUUCCUGCCCCUUUUACCAUUGAUACCAAGGGGGCUGGGAACGGAGGCCUCGGCCUGACCGUGGAAGGCCCCUGCGAGGCCAAAAUAGAAUGCCUGGACAAUGGAGAUGGCACUUGUUCAGUCUCCUACUUGCCCACAGAACCAGGGGAGUACAACAUCAAUAUCCUCUUUGCGGACACCCAUGUGCCAGGCUCUCCUUUCAAAGCCCAAGUGGUGCCUGGCUUUGACCCAUCCAAAGUGAAGUGCUCUGGACCAGGGCUGGAGCAUGCCACAGUGGGGCAGGCAGGAGAGUUCAGUGUGGACUGCUCUACUGCUGGGAGCGCUGAGCUCACCAUUGAGAUCAUCUCUGAAAGUGGCACGCAGGCAGAAGUCCACGUGCGGGACAAUGGCGAUGGCACUUACACCAUCACUUACAUCCCACUCUGCCCUGGUAUCUACACCAUCACCAUUAAAUACGGGGGGCAGCCUAUACCAAACUUCCCCAGUAAGCUCAACGUGGAGCCAGCGGUGGAUACAUCUGGCGUUAAAGUCUAUGGUCCUGGAGUGGAAGGCAAAGGUGUAUUCCGUGAAGCCACAACGGAGUUCAAUGUGGAUGCUCGACCCUUGACUAAGACCGGGGGCCCUCACAUCAAAACAAGAGUAUCCAAUCCUUCGGGAAACCUUACAGAGAGCUAUGUGCGUGACAAUGGAGAUGGUACCUACCAUGUGGAGUAUACACCCUAUGAAGAUGGUGUCCACUCGGUUGAUGUGACCUAUGAUGGCAGCCCUGUACCAAGUAGCCCUUUCCGGGUACCGGUAACUGAAGGAUGUAACCCUGCAAGGGUGAGAGUGCAUGGGCCCGGCAUCCAAAGUGGGACUACUAACAAGCGCAAUAAGUUCACAGUGGAGACCAGGGGUGCUGGUACUGGUGGUCUGGGCCUAGCAGUUGAAGGUCCCUCUGAAGCAAAAAUGUCCUGCACUGACAACAAAGAUGGCAGCUGUUCUGUGGAGUACAUCCCCUAUGAGCCUGGCACCUAUAACCUUAAUGUCACAUAUGGUGGCCACCAAGUGCCAGGAAGCCCAUUCAAAGUGCCCGUGCAUGAUGUGGUGGAUUCAUCCAAGGUAAAAUGUUCAGGUCCUGGCCUGACUCCUGGUGUCGUCAGAGCCAAUGUUCCCCAGUCCUUUACUGUGGACUCCAGCAAGGCAGGUGUGGCACCCCUUGAGGUUAAAGUUCAAGGUCCAAAGGGAGUCGUUGAACCUGUAGAUGUAGUGGAUAAUGCUGAUGGUACUCAGACUGCAAGUUACGUACCAAGUCGUGAAGGACCGUAUAGCAUUGCUGUGCGCUAUGGAGACGAUGAGGUGCCUCACAGCCCAUUCAAGGUUAAGGUUCUACCUACUCAUGAUGCUAGCAAGGUAAAGGCCAGUGGUCCCGGACUCAACACUACAGGUGUUCCAGCUAGUUUGCCAGUAGAGUUUACAAUUGACGCUAAGGAUGCUGGAGAAGGUUUGCUGGCUGUACAGAUCACGGACCCUGAAGGCAAACCCAAAAAGGCCACCAUCCGGGACAACCAAGAUGGCACCUACACAGUGUCUUACGUUCCAGACAUGACUGGCCGCUACACCAUUCUCAUCAAGUAUGGUGGAGAUGAGAUUCCCUACUCCCCCUACCGUAUCCGUGCUUUACCAACUGGUGAUGCCAGCAAGUGUACGGUGACAGUGUCGAUUGGAGGUCAUGGGCUAGGAGCUGGCAUCGGUCCCACCAUCCAGAUUGGUGAAGAGACUGUCAUCACUGUGGACGCCAAGGCUGCUGGAAAAGGCAAGGUGACCUGCACGGUGUGCACACCAGAUGGCACAGAGGUAGAUGUUGAUGUGGUAGAAAAUGAGGACGGGACCUUUGACAUCUUCUACACGGCACCUCAGCCAGGCAAAUACGUCAUCUGUGUACGCUUUGGAGGCGAGCACAUUCCCAACAGCCCGUUCCAGGUUACGGCCCUGGAUGGUGAGCGCACGACCCCCCAGCAGAUGGCCCAGCCGAUGCGUGCCCCACCCUACGCAUACGCACCUGGUGCACAGCAGCCCUGGGGACCGAAAGUAACAGCAACAGAUCGUCCUGUCAACGGGCUGGAUGCUGGACUGCGGCCUUUCGACUUGGUUAUUCCUUUCACUAUCAAAAAAGGAGAGAUAACAGGAGAGGUACGCAUGCCCUCUGGUAAGGUGGCAAAGCCAGAUAUUACUGACAAUAAGGAUGGCACAGUGACAGUGCGUUAUGCCCCCACUGAGGCUGGAUUGCAUGAGAUGGACAUCCGUUACGACAAUAUGCAUAUCCCAGGUAGUCCCCUUCAGUUCUAUGUGGAUUAUGUUAACAGUGGCCAUGUGACAGCUUAUGGUCCCGGACUCACCCAUGGUGUGGUCAACAAGCCAGCUGUGUUCACAGUCAACACAAAAGAUGCUGGAGAAGGGGGCCUCUCUUUGGCCAUUGAAGGCCCCUCUAAGGCAGAGAUUGGAUGCACUGAUAACCAGGAUGGCACCUGUACAGUGUCCUAUCUCCCAGUUCUGCCCGGAGACUACAACAUCUUGGUGAAAUACAAUGACAAGCAUAUCCCAGGAAGUCCUUUCACCGCCAAGAUUACUGGUGAUGAUACAAUGCGCAUGUCCCAUCUCAAAGUGGGCUCAUCGGCUGAUAUUCCCUUGAACAUCACUGAGACGGACUUGACCCAGUUGACAGCCACAGUGAUUCCACCUUCUGGUCGCGAGGAGCCUUGUCUGCUCAAACGCCUACGCAAUGGACAUGUUGGAAUUUCAUUUGUCCCCAAAGAGAUUGGAGAGCACAUUGUGAACAUCAAGAAAAAUGGACUGCACAUCCCCAAUAGUCCUAUCACGGUGAUGAUCAGCCAGUCAGAAAUUGGAGAUGCCAGCCGUGUCAGGGUCUCUGGCCCAGGACUCAGUGAGGGCCGGACCUUUGAACCUUCAGAGUUCAUCAUUGAUACCAGGGAUGCAGGCUAUGGUGGUCUGAGCUUAUCCAUUGAAGGUCCCAGUAAGGUUGAUAUCAAUACAGAAGACCUGGAAGAUGGCACUUGCAAAGUCACCUAUUGCCCAACAGAGCCUGGCAACUACAUCAUCAACAUUAAGUUUGCAGAUCAGCAUGUGCCAGGGAGCCCAUUUUCUGUGAAGGUGACAGGAGAGGGAAGAAUGAAACAAAUGAUCACGCGCUGCCGCAAAGCCCCAUCCGUCUCCAAUAUUGGCAGCCAAUGUGACCUGAGUCUGAAAAUCCCAGAAAUCAACAUCAGGGACAUGACUGCCCAGGUGACCAGCCCAUCAGGCAAAUCCCAUGAUGCAGAGAUCUUGGAGGCAGAAAACAACACCUACUGCAUCCGCUUUGUGCCCACUGAGACGGGCAUCCACUCAGUCAGUGUCAAGUAUAAAGGACAGCACGUGCCUGGAAGCCCCUUCCAGUUCACAGUGGGCCCUCUUGGUGAAGGUGGCGCCCAUAAAGUCCGGGCAGGUGGCCCAGGCUUGGAGAGAGCUGAAGCUGGUGUGCCAGCUGACUUUAGCAUCUGGACAAGGGAGGCAGGAGCCGGUGGUCUCUCCAUUGCUGUGGAGGGCCCUAGUAAGGCAGAGAUUGCUUUUGAGGACCGGAAAGAUGGUUCAUGUGGAGUUUCAUAUAUUGUGCAAGAGCCUGGCGACUAUGAGGUUUCAGUGAAGUUCAAUGACGAGCACAUCCCAGACAGUCCCUUUAUAGUACCCGCCACCUCCACCUCCGAUGAUGCCCGCCGACUCACUGUUUCUAGUCUUCAGGAGUCAGGGUUAAAAGUGAACCAGCCAGCCUCAUUCGCUGUCAGCUUGAACGGGGCCAAGGGUGUGAUUGAUGCCAAGGUGCACAGCCCCUCAGGGGCUUUGGAGGAAUGCCACGUCACCGAAAUCGAUGAAGAUAAAUACGCAGUGCGGUUCAUUCCCCGUGAGAAUGGCAUCUACUCGGUUGAUGUCAAGUUCAAUGGAAGCCACAUACCCGGCAGUCCCUUCAAGAUUCGUGUUGGGGAAAUAGGUCAAGCUGGAGACCCAGGGAUGGUAUCCGCCUAUGGCCCUGGCUUGGAAGGUGGUGUGACAGGACACCCUGCUGAAUUCAUAGUCAACACUACAAACGCUGGGCCUGGGGCACUGUCUGUCACUAUUGAUGGUCCCUCAAAGGUGAAGAUGGACUGCCAAGAGUGCUCAGAGGGCUACAAAGUCAUCUACACACCCAUGGCACCUGGCAGCUACCUCAUCUCCAUCAAAUUCGGUGGUCCAUAUCACAUUGCUGGCAGUCCUUUCAAAGCUAAAAUUACAGGGGCCCGCCUUGUUCCCAGCCACAGCCUCCACGAGACCUCCUCAGUCUUCAUGGAUGGAGUAGCCAAACCUGAUGGAGCAGCACCCAAAUUUGCUUCAGAUGCCAGCAAAGUGGUUGCCAAGGGGCUGGGCCUCAACAAGGGUUUUCUAGGUCAAAAGAACUCUUUCACCGUCGAUUGCAGCAAAGCAGGGAACAACAUGUUGCUGGUGGGUGUACACGGCCCCAAGACUCCAUGUGAGGAGAUCGUGGUGAAGCACUUGGGCAACCGGUUGUACAACGUCACCUACCUGUUGAAGGACAGAGGCGACUACAUCCUGGUGGUGAAAUGGGGAGAUGAGCACAUCCCCGGCAGCCCCUUCCAUAUCUCUGUACCUUAGAGCUCUUCCCUCUGCCUGAGUGUAACACUGCCCCUCCUGAACUCCCUCUGUAAUGCUUCUGCCUCUUACUUACCAAUUGGCAGGGGUGGUGGCCAAGGAGGCUGUCUUAUGGGGUGGGAGGGAUGAGUGUGGGUGGGUUGCCCUCGGAAGGAAGAGAUUCCUGUGGAUCUGUUUACAUGCAGCAGUAAUUAUUUCCAACCAUUUCUCCUCCCCC